UUUCCGCCUUGUUCUGCUUUUAGGUCUUCCACAGUCUAUCACUUAACAACUUACCAACUUACCAACUUAACAAAACACCACCAUCAACCACUAACCAAACCACAACUCAAUGCUUUGAUACCGUUUGACUUGACUUGAUUAAAUAUCAUUCAAAGAUUCCAUAUUCCGAACCAUCAAUCUACGACUAACAAAGCAACUUGAACUAUUAAUUGCCUACGCUUUUAUCCUCGCCUGGAUUUCUUCGUAUUCUCGAUUUUUAUCAUCUCACCAAAUCAAUUCGCUUUUUAAGUCAUAGCCCUGGAUUCCAUCAGUAAAAAUGGCGCCAAUGAAAAACGAUAAAAGUAACAAUUGUAGUAGUAGUUAUGGCGAGGCCGUGGCCCGUCAGGUCAAUGUCCUCGCCAGCUGCUACCUCGUCGAUCCCACUGCCUCGCUAAAGGGUCUUCACUACUGCACUACCGGGGCUGCAGGGGCCGAGUGGUAUUCCUGAGGUCCCUAUCUCAGGAUUACCAUCUCCUCCGUCAAGUCCCCCCCUCGCGGCCAUCACAUCGUCCAACGAGCUCGCGCUUCAACCCAAAAAUAAGAAGCGCAGCGGCAACAUGCCAAUUAGCCGCAGCCGCCGAGGGGGGGCAACAUUACAGAUCAGGGAAGAAUGUGAGAGAUUCUUUUGCGAGACCAUGAAAGCCGUGUUCCAAGGUGAGAGGGACAUGGCCGGUAAUAGCUCCUGCCUGACUGGUGUUAAUUACGCACUCACGCCACCUGAUGACUAUCCUAUGUCGCAGUCCAUGGCCUUCUCCAGUACUGAUAACAAGCCCGCAGUCUGUGUGAAUGGAUGGAUGGAGUUUUGGGAUUACUCUGGUGGCGCCAGCUUCCGAGCCUUUGUUGUCGAGGAUAGCGACGAAAGGUCGUUGUUUGCAUUCUUUGACAACGGACUCGUAGGCCGCGAUCUCAAGCAAGCACUCAUUGCUUUGAUCGAAUUAGCCGAUGGUCCGAUAGAAUGCUCACACGUCGUGAUUUGCGUUGACCGUUCAAUGCCACAGGACUACGCCAAGGCAUUGAUGAAAAGCCUCCAAUGGGUUGGCUUCGAACUGACUACCCUCGACCACUGGGCAAAGGACGUUGACGUCACUAGCAGUAAUUGGUUAUUUAUGGGAAUGGAGAUCUGAUCGUAGCACUCAGGUCCCCUCACAGUCGUUCACUACAUUUCGAUUCUACUCCAAAUAUUUGGGAAACCGGCCAGUAACUAAAAGUAUCGCUGAGGUUAGGCUGUUUAUGGGAGUUUUUGGACUCAUGCAUCAUGCAUCACGUUAAGUAUCGGCGCAUUGGUCGUUUUCUCACCUUAUAUCCGAUUCAAUUCAUCUCGUGGACGAAGGGCAUGCGUCUACAAGACCAAGACGGCGAACGGAACGACGAUGCAAAUGAUGCAAUAGGCGAAAUAUAUAGCUACAGCAUAGUUUUACUAUCAAUAGAGCGAUGGACUUCUAUCCUCCCUACCU